AUUGAGGAUGAAAAAUGUAUUUUAAGUUGCUAGCAGCUAGCCGAUAGCUUUGGGAUUUUUCAAUGACAGGCCAACGGUCACACCGGCUAAAUUGUAUUUUAUUUUGUGUGGUUUUGUUGUUGUUUUGUUUAUUAUGCAUUUCUUUUUUAUUGUUUGAGUUAGCGAGUGCGUCGCGUCGGCAAUUAAAUAAAAUCCGCGGCAUUUCGGCAAUUGCGAAUAAUAAUUGCUUGGCGGGAAUUGCAGUUGAAUAAGAAAUAGGCGAAGAAAAACCAACAAAUGUGCAAUGUGCGUCAAGUCAAUAGCAAUACAAACGAACAAUUAUUGCUAACGUGAUCGGGCCAAGGCACACAAACAUUCCAUGCAUCAUCAGCAGCGCCUGCGGGCCAAUGGCGGACGAGGUGGCACUGGAUACGGCGCGGGAUCGGUACCUGUGUCCGGCGGACACUCACCAUUGUGCGCCCAUUGCCGGGGUCAACUACUGCCCCAUCCGGAGGAGCCAAUCGUGAUGGCUCUGGGCCAGCAAUGGCACUGCGAUUGCUUUCGCUGCUCCGUUUGCGAGGGGCAUCUGCACAACUGGUACUUCGAGCGGGAGGGAUUACUGUAUUGCCGAGAGGACUACUACGGCCGGUUCGGCGAUGCCUGUCAGCAGUGUACGGCCGUUAUCACCGGACCCGUAAUGGUCGCCGGCGAGCACAAAUUCCAUCCGGAGUGCUUCUGUUGCACGGCAUGCGGCUCCUUCAUCGGCGAGGGCGAAUCGUAUGCCCUUGUCGAGCGUUCGAAGCUCUACUGUGGCCAGUGCUAUGGCAAGCGUUCAUGCCAGCCGGCGGAUGCCAAGGCUCGAAUCACGACGGCCGGCAAGCCGAUGCACUCCAUCCGGCUGGUCGAGAUCCCCAAGGACGCCACGCCGGGUCUGAGGGUCGACGGCGUGGCCCUCGACGACGGCUGUCCCACGGUCCGCAUUACAGACUUGUUCUGUAACUUCUUCUUUUGGCUAACCUCAAUGGCGGAACAGUGCUGUGGGGCGCCCUAUAGAAUCGAUGUGAAUCUGACGAAUCUGCACAUUGGCGAUCGCAUCUUGGAGGUGAACGGCACGCCAGUUAGUGAUUCGUCCGUGGAGCAGAUCGACAAAUUGAUACGGAGUAAUGAGAAGAUGCUUCAGCUGACCGUGGAGCAUGAUCCGGUGCAGGUGUGCCGCUCCUGCAGUCAAGCGGACAUCCAGAGGGCGAUGUCAGCGUCCACGUUAAUCCUGCCGCUCAGCACAUCGGCCUCCAGUGUCGAGGUGGGCAGGGAGCGCCUCUACAAGACACCCGGCGAACAGGGCACAAAGGCCAGGAAACUGAGACAAGCGACCAACGCUUCCACGACAAUACCACCCGCAGCUGGGGCCACCGCAAUGACGCAACUGAAGGAGAAGGAGCGCUGUUCGAGUCUGUCCAAGUUGCUGGAUGAACAGCAUCAGGCACAGCAGCACUCGGCGCAUCCCCAGCUCUACGAUCUAUCCAGGACGCAAUCUUGUCGUGUGGUCCAGAAACCACAGCGAAUCUUUCGUGCAUCUGAUCUGGUCAUAGGCGAGAAGCUGGGCGAGGGCUUCUUUGGCAAGGUUUUCAAGGUGACCCACCGUCAGAGUGGCGAGGUGAUGGUACUCAAGGAACUGCAUCGUGCGGAUGAGGAAGCCCAGAGGAAUUUCAUCAAGGAAGUGGCCGUUCUCCGUUUGCUGGACCAUCGUCAUGUGCUCAAGUUCAUUGGUGUUCUGUACAAGGAAAAGAAACUGCACAUGGUCACGGAGUACGUGGCCGGUGGUUGUCUCAAGGAGCUAAUUCACGAUCCAGCCCAGGUACUCUCUUGGCCUCAGCGGGUCUGCUUGGCCAGGGAUAUUGCGUGCGGCAUGAGCUAUCUGCACUCGAUGAACAUCAUCCAUCGUGACUUGAACUCAAUGAAUUGCCUGGUGCGCGAGGAUCGCUCGGUCAUAGUGGCGGAUUUCGGACUAGCACGCAGUGUGGACGCGCCGCGUCUGAAAGGCGGUGUGGCCUCCUCGGAUCGCAGUGGCAAUAUGACGCCAGGCGGUUAUGGAUCAGGCGCUGGCAGCGAUGCAGCCAUGUCACCGAGUGGAACUCUCAGGCGCAGCAAGAGCAGGCAACGAAGGCAACGCUACACGGUGGUCGGGAAUCCCUACUGGAUGGCACCCGAGAUGAUGAAGGGUCUCAAGUACGAUGAGAAGGUGGACGUCUUCUCCUUUGGCAUUAUGUUGUGUGAGAUCAUUGGACGCGUGGAAGCCGAUCCGGAUUUCAUGCCCCGCAAUUCGGACUUCAGUCUCAAUCAGCAGGAGUUUCGCGAGAAGUUCUGCGCCCAGUGUCCGGAGCCUUUCGUUAAAGUGGCCUUUGUCUGCUGUGAUCUUAAUCCCGAUCUGCGUCCGUGCUUUGAAACUCUGCACGUUUGGCUUCUGCGUCUCGCCGAUGAUCUGGCCGCCGACCGUGUGCCGCCAGAGCGCCUGCUGCACGAGAUCGAGACCUUUCAGGAGUGGUACGCCAGCUCAGAGGACGCCUUGUCGCCCACCACCCAGCGCAGCUUAAAUAACCUCAAUGAAUUGGCCAAGAAUGCGGCGGAUUCGGAAAUUUCGCCCGUGGAAAAGGAGAAGGAGAACCUGGUGAUCAAGCCCCAGGACAUACCCAAAUCUCCUCAUCUCGGCAAGGAUUUCUCACCCAGCGGCGAGAGAUUGCGGGACAGCAUGCGUGCCAGGCGUCGCCAGCGUUUCUUGGGCGCCCAGGAGGAGCGUCGUAAUCUCACACCCGACACGGAGUCCAAGGAAAGGGCUUUGAAGAAGGCGCUUAAGAAAUGUCGUCCGUUUGGCGAAAGAGGUUACCUGGUGGAUCUGCGUCACGGUGCCGAACUGCAGCUACAGGAUGUAAGGGAUCUGAACACCCAUUCCGAUGUGGACUCCAGUUGCGACACUAGCUUAAAUUACCAUGAUGUUAAUAGUCUGCCAGCAGCGCAAGAGGACGAGAAUACGAUGAAACCUGCCAAGGACGAGCUGGAGGAGAGCACCAUUCGACCCAGCAACCAGGAGUCUCAGCACCACCGCCUGGCCAUCGAUGAUAUGCGCACCCGCCUGAAUCAGUGCCGCAGCAAAUUCGAGCAUUUGGAGGAGGCCAGCCGGCGGAACUUCAACCAGUCGCAGCACUCCAUGAAGAACUUCUUCAAAACCCCACCGGUGGCCCUUAAGAUGUUCCAGCGUCUGGAGCACGAAGCUGCAGUUCUGAAUGGUGGCAACAAUUGCCCACCGCCACCGCCCCGUACGCAGCGCAUCAAUCAGACGCCCAUUUUUGGUCGAAAGAAUCCGCCCGUUGCAAUGGUGGGACAAAAGCUGCAGCAUGCCGAGUCCCUAGAGAAUCUGGCCUCCAGCGGAGUUGCCAAGCCGUUGGCCACACCAGCACCCAAGCGAAGCAAAGCCACAGCAACGACCAAAAGCCAGAGCAGCAAUAGCACCAUUGUCAAUCCGCCAAUUUUCCUGCCGACCAGCCUCAACAAUAGUGUCACAUUACAUAGCAAUGGAAAUGUGACCACCACGACCCAUACCAACAGUAGUGGUCCACCAUCCGCCCCUGACUGGCUGCCGAAGAAGCACAAGCUAACGCUGCCACUUCCGCCGCUCCAACAGCAGCGAACGAGCAGCAAUCAUCGCCUGCCCUCGAGCAAUAGCAAAGGGAAGCCACUGAAGCCACUGCCCAGUCGCACGGCCACCCAAACCAUACCCGCCAGCAAUUGCGUCUCGCCCACCAGAAGCAACAGACCCGGCUCACCCAGCAAGCAUCUGGCCCAAAGGCACACUGCGGCCACGGCCCAGCGACUGACAAAUGCGGCCGCCAACCACCAGCAGCAUCAGCAGCAAUCCUCGAAGACGACGCGCCUAAGCAUCCUGAGUCCCGAAAAGGUGCAUCGCCUGGGCGCUCGACUCACCGACCAGAAGCAGAAAAUGCGCGAGGAGGCCGCAGCGACGGCCUCAUCCGUCGGAGGAGCUGGAUGCGCGGCAGGAACAGCGACGGGCACCUACAAUGGCCAUCGGACCGGGUCCUCUGGAUCGCCGAAUUCGGCGGUCGGUGAGCGGAGGAGGCGAGCAGCACCACCGCCGCCAGCUCGCACGCAUUUCAAUACGCGCUGCUAGCUGGACCAAGUAGCCAUACCCUCCACAUGCGAUUGUCAAGUGUUGUGCGCAGAUUGUUGUGGUUCCACUCAGGAAGCUUCUGUAGGAAGCUUAAUGUUCUUCGAACUAACUGUCGUAAUUAGCGUAAAUGUUUUAACGAUAUAACCAUUCGGUUUGUAUCGUACAGAAAUAUCUAUAUUUCUAGUAUUCCAAUACUUAAGCAUAAUGACACUAAAUUUCUGUAACAUUUCCAUGGCACAUUUUUUUUAAAUAUAUAAUGCCUUUUUGAUGUAUGUAACUUUAAGGAGCCAGUGAACUGUCCCGCUGUUAUAAACGCAACUGUUAUACGCACACGACAAGAUCGACAUUCCGAUGGAAGUGUUUAUUUUUUGUUUUUAAAUCCAGCAUUUGAUUUAAAGUUUCAACUAAACGAAGGUUAAGUGCCUGCUAGGAAAGUAAACCAACAAGUUGCAAUAUUUACAUUGAUUGUAUUAACCGUGCGAAUAAUUAUAGUAUGUAAGAUUACAGGUUAACAACUGUUUCGACUAACCUAACAAACUCAACUAGAAGCAAAGCUAAGCAAUUACUUGUUUAAUCCACUAUUGUCUGACAUAAAGUUAUAUAUUGCGAAAGAGACAGAGAAGUACGGAUGAAGAGAGAAGGAAGAAACUUGUGCCAUGACGUUGAGCGAAAAACGAACGAAUCUAAAGAAUCCUUGAGAGAGAGAAAGAUCCCACCCGCGAAUAAAAAAAGACAAAAGGAACGAAGUGAACUUUAACUAGGAAAAUUGUGGUUUACAUAUUUUUUGAUAUACAGCGUAUAUGAAUGUAUUUAUAUAUCGAUUCCAUAACUAUAUAGAUAAACGUAUUCCAUUGUUAGUGCUUAAAUGUAAUUUAUUAUUUAUCAAUUCUCGACCCAUACACCCCGUCCCCUCAUUCCAAGAACAAUAAUUAACAAGUCUAAGAAACAAACUUUUUUUUGUAUUGAUGAGGAAAAGUCUAACUUCUAUACCUAAAUAUAAGAAUGUUUUGCUCAAAGGCAAUUUUAGUUGUAAUAUAACGCUAACUGUUAUACAAAAGAAACGCACACGCUCAAGCCUAAUACUGUUAUACUGUGUACUUUAUAUAUAGCCAUUGUAUACCUAAACCUAUAUAUAGGAUCGAAACGCUUGCAAUUAACUGCUUCUAUAAGGCACUUGAGCCGGGCCCUUGUUAUACGGACGUAUGCCAGUAGAACAGUGGCCGCGCCGAACCGAUCUAGCAUUUAACUAUCUUUAUAUACAAGAAAUAUGUGCGAUAUUUUUUAUAUGCAGCUAAUGUAAUGUGUUGUAUUUUGACCCCACUCCACCUUGUAACUACGUUUAUACGCCUGCUAAUCGAAGUUUGAUAAACGUUCCAAGAAUUUUCGCGGACCUUACUCAAAUAAUUUUAGUCUUCAAGCCGUUGAACAGAUAUAAUCAGUAUAGCGACAUUUUUUACCCACUUGUAAAUAAGUUUAUAACUAAUAAUGUUUUUGUUGCCUACUUAUUCGAAAACCAAAAGGUCUGUAAUUACAAAUAAAGCUUGUGUAUGAACGUAGUGUAUAGUUUCUCGUUUGAUUUUAAUCGUAAACCUUUUUUUGUUAAUAAAAAGUGAACAUUAAA